CAUACAGGACAGGAGAAGGGGGACUGUGCAGAGUCCAUACAGGACAAGAGAAGUGGGACUGUGCAGAGUCCAUACAGGACAGGAGAAGUGGGACUGUGCAGAGUCCAUACAGGACAGGAGAAGUGGGACUGUCCAGAGUCCAUACAGGACAGGAGAAGUGGGACUGUGCAGAGUCCAUACAGGACAGGAGAAGUGGGACCGUGCAGAGUCCAUACAGGACAGGAGAAGUGGUACUGUCCAGAGUCCAUACAGGACAGGAGAAGUGGGACUGUCCAGAGUCCAUACAGGACAGGAGAAGUGGGACUGUGCAGAGUCCAUACAGGACAGGAGAAGUGGGACUGUGCAGAGUCCAUACAGGACAGGAGAAGU